AUGGCCGCCGAAUCAUCACCAUCGGGCGCCGGCCCGGACUCGACGUCGACAGGGCGACUGCCGAUGCCCUCGCGCAACCCACUGCCCCUAUCCGCGUCGCAAGAGGCACAAGUACGAGAGAUAUUCUACGAGAGGAUACGAGGCUACUGCGGGCCGGAGAUAAAAGCAUUCGCGGCCUGCGCCCUGGGCCGCACGUUCUCUGUCCCCUUCGCCUGCCGCGAGCCGCACCGGGUGAUGAACGCGUGCAUGAAGGCGCACGCGACGCCGCAGGAGGAGGACGCGGCGCGCGAGGACUGGUUCGCGAGGAGGCAGCGCGCGCGGGAGAGGCAGGAGAAGGAGCGGCGCAAGGCGGAGCAGCAGCGCUUCAUGCGCGAGUGGUGGGGGCUCGAGGAGAGCGAGCGCGAGGAGCAGCUGCGGCGGGCCGCCGAGGAGAAGCUCACGCGGGCGGAGCGCGUCGGGGGCUUCGCGUCCGGGAGCAGGAGGAGGUUCGAGGGGGAGGAAGAGCCGGGCAGGAAGUAG